ACACAUAACAAACCUCAUUUCUCUGCACAUUCUAUCUACUCCAAUUUUCUCAACUCUCAACUCCCAACUCCCUCUGCUAAAACUCCACAAUGUCAACCAGCAGCAACCAGCCCCUGCAACCUCAUAUAGCCCUCUUUCCUUCUGCCGGCAUGGGUCACUUGACUCCAUUCCUCCGUGUCGCCGCCAUGCUGGAUGCACACAAUGUUAAUGUCACCCUCAUCACUCCCCAACCCACACUCUCUGCUGCAGAAUCAGACACCAUUGACUCUUUUUUCGCAAUUCAUCCUCAAAUCAAACGCCUUGAUUUCCAUGUCAUUCCUUAUAAUCCACCAACCCCUGAUGACCCUUUUUUCAUUCAAUGGGAAGCUACUAAUCGCUCACUCCAUCUACUUCCUCCUCUGAUUUCUUCUCUAUCGCCACCCUUAACGGCAUUUUUCUCCGAUUUUAGCAUGGCUACUAAUAUGAUUCCCAUUACUGAUCGUCUUGGAAUACCCAACUUUAUCCUUCUGACUACUUCAGCAAGAUUUUUAUCCGUGAUGGCUUACUCUCCGUUUCUGUCAAGUCCUGAAAUAUCAAACACUAAUAUGAAUCACAUAACAAUUCCGGGUUUGACCAGUAAUAUACCAAAAUCAAGCAUUCCCCCGCCACUUCUUCGUCCAGGGAAAAGCCUCUUUGCCUCAACUUUAGCUUCCAACAUUCUGUCAUUCUCGAAAGUAAAAGGUAUCUUACUCAACAGCUUUGAAUUCUUCGAGUCUGAGACGAUUACUGCAUUCAACAAUGAUCAAGUUCAACAAGGCUUCCCACCUGUUCUCCCAAUAGGCCCAAUUAGCCCAUAUGGACUCGUACAAGAUCAUCAUCCGCUUCCAUGGCUGAAUGAGCAGCCUGCUAAGUCUGUACUAUACGUGAGCUUUGGAAGCCGAACAGCUCUGUCGAAAGAUCAAAUAAAAGCGCUGGCAGAGGGACUGGACAGAAGCGGCCACAGGUUCUUGUGGGUGCUCAAAGGGGGCAAAGUGGAUAAAGAAGACAAGGAAGAGCUGGAUGAGUUGUUAGGCCACUCGUUUCUCGAGAGGACGAGAAAUAAAGGAAUUGUAGUGAAAGGAUGGGUGAGCCAAGAAGAUAUUCUGCAGCACCCUGCAGUUGGAGGAUUUGUGAGUCAUUGCGGAUGGAACUCAGUGAUGGAAGCAGCUCUGCAUGGAGUGCCUGUCUUAGCCUGGCCGCUCCACGGGGAUCAGAGGAUAAACGCUGAACUUGUCGAGAAAUCGGGGCUGGGAUUGUGGGAGAGGGAAUGGGGGUGGGGUGGAGAGAAGCUGAUUGAUGGAGAAGAGAUUGCAGAAAAAAUAAAGGUGGUCAUGGAAGAUGAGGUACUGAGAGGCAAGGCAUGUAAUGUGGGAAAAGAGGCUAGAAGGGCUGUUCAGAAAGAUGGGGGAUCUGAGAAAGUUUUGGCACAAGUUAUCAACUCACUGAAACCUAAAGAAUGAGAGUGAUUUGUAUGGAUCUUUUUUAAUCUAUGUGUUUGUACCGAUAAUGAAGUGUCACAAUAAAACAUCAACUACCUCGUAUAAACUUAUGAAGUAGUUUUACAACAAUGUAAUAAAGUGGCUUGCAUUUCUUCAACA